AUGCGUCAAAUUUCUUCUAUGGCGGCUGUCGUCUUCGCCUUGUUCCAGCUUCUCGUAUAUUUUGGCAAUGUUAGUGCAAAAUCGGGCACAGUCGGACUUGGAGAAUAUAUUCUGAAGGAGGAUGGCAAAGUUGAGCUCUAUGAACAUUCCAAAGUAGCCGACUAUAACUCCCUCGAGGCCUACAGAGCAUCGUUUGGAGAUAAAGCUUGCAAUCUCAACUUUGACGGUCAAGGGAAUAUCGCUCUUUCCUAUGAGAAGGACAAGCGUUGCACUGUAGAUCUGCUCACCAAUCAAGAGGAAGUCUUUAGCUUUGUUGCGGGACUGAAAGGGAGUACGGACGAACUUUAUAGCUGCUUGAAGGCAUAUAACAGUUCGGCUAUCAUCAACAAUUUGCCGUUCAUGUACCGUUUGACUCAGGCCGAAUUUGAUACCUUAGAAACGGGUAAACACAAGAACCAGACGAAAUGUGGUGGUGAUGGUGAUUGUACAGACACGAGAUGCAAACAGUCUGAGAUUGUUUGGUGGAGGGAUGAAAAUAAUGUUCUGGCAAACGUCAGCCGAGCAGUUGGUAAUCUCUCUGCGUCACACAGUGAAAUAAUGAAAAAUGGGGAAGAAUUGACAUUCACUGUAACUGUCAAAGAUCAGAAAGAAUGUCAGAAUGAGCCAAACAAUUGGGAAAUUACUGGCAAGAAUCCAAAAUCUGAAAUGAAGUAUUUGCUGGUAUUUCAUUUGUUGCCUCAAAGCAGUGGAAGGAUAAUCGGCCAGACAGAGGAGGAUUCGGACUGCAAAUUGGAGUUGGAAAUUACUUUUAACAGUAGUGACUACACAUUGCUAAUGAAAGGAGGAGAACCACCACCAAUAGUACCAACUACACCUUCACCGACAAGUCAACCAUCAACAAAGCCAGUCGUCCAAAUAACCACAAAAGAUGUUAAGAACAACAUAACGACAACAAAAGCACCGGAAAAGAAGAAAGGUGGCUCAGGAACAGUGAUUCUAAUCGUUGUUGUUCUACUUGUUUUGCUUGUUGUUGGUGGGGUUAUUGGAUAUUUCUUUGUCUACAAGAAGAUGUACGCUAAAGAAGCUGAAGAAGGAAAAGAAGAUAAAGAAAAAGGAGGAGAGAAGAAAGAUGGUGAAGGAGGAGAAGCGAAAAAAGACGGAACAGCAACACCACCAUCAGCUGUGCCUGAAAUUGGAUUGAAAACAGAAAUUGGAAAGGAUGAUGGAAAAGGGAAGGAUAAAGAAAAGAAGGAAGAAGGAGACGACGACAAAGAAGAAAAGGAUGAAGAAAAAGAAGACGAGGAAAAGGAUGGAGAAGAUAAGGGAGUAAAAUCUGAGGGGGGAUCACAAAUGUCAAAGAAUGAAUCUGUGGAAUUGGCAGAUAAAGGAAAGAAGGAUGCCGCCGAUCCAUAUGCUGAAUAGAAAGAAUAAAAGGGGAGGAGAAAACAAAAAUCUAAAAAGGAAAGAAGUAAAAACGGAAUAAAUAAAUAAUUGAUAGAUAAAUAAAUAUAUUUUGUAUAAUAAACAUUUUC